AUGAGCAAGGGCAGCAAGAAGCAAAGCAACAACAACGACGAGAAGCGGCCGGCCGGCGAGAAGAGAUCCGGUGGCAAUGUUAGGAAACAAGAAGAGUCGCCGAGGCGUCAAGGGUGCCUGUCUUGGGUUAUCCGCAAGUUGUUCCGAACGGCCUUCUGGAUCGGGCUACUCGUCUUCGGAGCCGCAACCGUGACCCUAUUGCUGAACUGCAAUGACGGCGGAAAGAAGAUCGCCGGAAGCAAGCCCUUCUGCGCUGACGUCACCAAAUUGACCAAGUUCACGAAGCCCAGCGACAAAUUCACGGACAAUGCCUACAACAGCUAUGGCACUGUUAUUGGCGGAUUCAAGAACAAUACAAUCGCGGCCUACCGAAACUUUGCGAACAGCGAAUGGGGCAGCAAAGUGGACAAGUAUCUGCUCAUCGCCCACGCUACCAUCACGGAAUACAGCCUUCUGGCUUGGCGCCACAUUAUGAAUUGGACUGAAGGAGCUCGUGCGUGGUACAAUAAGGACGGGCACAAGCAAAUCAGCCGCUUCGGAGAGGGUGUCCUGAUCGGUAUGAAGAUGGUUUUGCAAAUGGUCUACGACUUCGCCGUCUGGGCUAUCAAUGGAGUUGUUGCCCUGGCAACUGCCGUCAUCCACCGUGGUCAAGACUUCGUCGUAAACGUUCAGCAAAAGGGCUUCUCUAAGGCAUUCGAGAAGUUGAUCGCCCAC